UCUCUUAUUGUUUUCACAUUCUCCUGCAAUGAAGCAGCGAGCACACCGAAGUCUCUCCCAGUAGCACUCUCUCGCCGUUAAAAUGCGCCCCCGGUGUCAAACUCCAAACCACGUUCCGUUUGAAAAUCAUUUCCGGGAACAGAAUUACCGCAUUGACACCGAAAGCGGUAUUGCGGAGGAAAAUGCGAAGAAAAAGUGAUAGUUAACAACAUGGCGUCGGAAAACGAUGACGGAAAAGAAAUAACUGAAAACUUGUCUUCUGGUGAAGGAAAAAAAACGCCGUGAACGGUUACACGUGUAUAGAAUCGGAAUUAAAUGAAUUUACGAAAUUUGGGAGAAAAAUGAUUUUUUUUUCUUUUCCGUUUGUUCUUAUCUUGUUUUAUUUUCUUCCUUUUUUGGAGUUAUAUAAAGGAGUGAUUCUGUCCGAUUAGAAGCAGAAUGAGCAGCUAUAAACCUCGUUUCUGAUAGGAAAUGUGGGGUCCACUAAAUCAAUAGGAAAUUAUGGUUUUGAUUUCUUCUUCUUCCUUCUCCGUUGCCAUUAAUGACUUGUUUUAGGUUAAGCAGUUCUGUAUCAGUUUAUAUAGCUCAAAUCUUUUCAGUUUUUUUAGGUAAAUUCAAUCUCUUCUCAAGGUUUUGUUGAGAACAUCUGAGUUCUGAUAUUGGCAGCAAUGGAUACUAUACAAGAAAAUUUGUUAUUGUCCUCCUCGCCUAACCAACCGCACUUACCCAUUGAUGAGGAGCUUUGGUUGAUGGCUGAAGAGAGGGCCCAGGAAAUACUAUGUACAAUUCAACCUAAUGUUGUUUCUGAGGUGAACAGAAAGCAGAUUAUUGAUUUCGUUCAGAGGCUGAUUGGAGGUUACUAUGGGGGAGAGGUAUUCGUGUUCGGAUCAGUCCCACUAAAAACUUACCUUCCAGAUGGAGAUAUUGACUUGACAGUUCUCAGUCAAGAAAGUGUAGAGGAGGAUUUAGCACAAGCAGUAUGCAAUCUACUUGGAAGUGGAGAAGAUCUUGAAUACGAAGUGAAAGACAUACAACAUAUACGUGCGCAGGUAAAGGUUGUAAAAUGCACAGUGAAAAGUAUAGCAGUUGACAUCUCUUUCAACCAGAUGGCUGGACUCUAUGCUCUGCGCUUUCUGGAGGAGGUUGACCAACUUGUCGGGAAAAACCAUGUCUUGAAACGCAGUAUAAUCUUAGUCAAAGCUUGGUGCUAUUAUGAGAGCCGGCUUCUUGGUGCACACCAUGGCCUGCUCUCAACAUAUGCACUUGAAAUAUUAGUUCUAUAUAUUAUCAAUUGUUUUCAUUCAUCAUUGUGCGGUCCUUUAGAGGUGCUGUACAAAUUUUUGGACUACUACAGCACAUUUGAUUGGGAGAAAAAUUAUAUCACCAUAGAUGGUCCACAACCAUUAUCCUCCCUUCCAGAAAUUGUCGAAUCUGAUCGAGGUGGAUUGCUGCUCAGUAAAGAGCUUCUGAAAAAUUACAGGGAUAUGUGCUCUGUUCCAAAGGCAUGCGAGACUUCACCCCGUGAAUUUCCCAUCAAGUGCAUGAACAUUUUGGAUCCUCUAAAAAGCGACAACAACCUAGGCCGCAGUGUCAACAAAAGUACUUUACAUCGAAUUGGUUACGCUUUUGCCUUCGGUGCUGAAAAGCUUAAGGAGAUUCUUAACCUUCCAGGAGAAAGCAUAGGUGGAGCACUUGAGGUGUUUUUCAUGAACACCUUGAAUAGAAAUGGGAAAGGGCAAAGGCCAGAUAUCGAUGUUCCUGUUCCUGCAUUUGGUACUGGAAGAUCUGAAGAGCCUGUCCUUGUUGGAGAUUGUGACAGUUUCUAUGGUGGCUUACAACAUGUUCAGAUGUAUCGUAACUAUGCUAUGCCACUUGUUGCACCUUCAAGUUCCCCACUGAUACCAUUUGAUGCCGAUAUGCUUAAGGUACAACAAAAUUGGCUUAGGUAUUAUCAUAGAAGUACUAUCCCUAGGCAGACAUUCUUUCAUCCAAAUGCUCCUCCACAACCAACUUAUAGCCUUGAAGAAACAGGGAAAUCGCGAGGAACAGGCACAUAUAUACCUGACAUGACUCUUACUACCUACUGGAAUGCCCGUGCGAAAGGCUCCAGACCACGGAGAUUCGGUACUGGGAGUAAUAACAAUAAUAGUAAUGCUAAUGCAUUGCCCAAACCAUUGGAGAGAAAGGAAAUAGAAGAGGUUCCUUCUGAGACUGAUAUGAAUGAUAAUAGCUCCAAGUCCUUUGAGUUCUUAAAUGAAGAUUUUCCUCUUCUUUCAAGCAUUGGCAACAGCACUUCGUCAGCAUCCCAACAAUUGGAGAGAAAGGAAAUAGAAGGGGUUCCUUCUGAGACUUACAUGAAUGAAAAUAGCUCCAAGUCAUUUGAUCUCUCAAAUGAAGAUUUUCCUCUUCUUUCAUGCAUUGGCAACAGGACUUCGUCAGCAUCCCAACAAUCCGAGCUGUACCAUAAUUCCUCAUUGCCUCAAAUGCUUCUCGAGUUUGGAACUCACAGUAUCUCGCAACCAGCGACAGGCCUGAGUUUGGGAAGAAAGAGUCAAAAAGGGGAUUCUAGCGCUACUAUACCAGUUGUUUCAAGUCUGGCAGUGGAGACAAAAGGAAAAUAUGCUCGGAUCGAAGAGAAGACGGGUUGACAGUGUCUAACCUAUAGCAAUUUUGUAGGAUAUCGAGGAUAACAUCUAGUGUGAUGCUUUUUACUGCAGGUUUUUCUCUGGGAAAUACCAAGUUUAAUAGUAAUGGUGGUGUCAAUCCAUUCUCAUUUUUAGAUUUAAAUUUUGGGAGAAACUAGAAUUGGUUGCUAAUGAUAAGAUAUAGACUUCAUAAAAAUAAGUCUUUGGUAAGGAUGUUCACAAAUUUCUUUCUGCCUUUUGGUUUUAUACCCAUUGCUGUCCUCUUUCCUUUGGAAGAGCUUACCAUUUUUGUUGGAACAGUAGCAUAUCUUUUCUCCUUCUAAAAUCCAGUGAUGUUGUACAUGAUUUGUGUUUUACAGUACAAUAACUUAUAAUGUAUAUGCUACAAUUAUGUGGACACUUCACCUCCAUGCCUCUGUGUGAAUAUUUUUGAAAACCAAAUCAUACCUCUAUGAAUAUUUAUCUUUGAAAACCAAAUGUCUGUCUUCAAUGAGAGAUAUGGAACAAGUUGGACCAGGCUCGAUUAAUCGUUCAUUGUAACGAUUUCAACAUCUCGGAUCAACAUCAAUAUGGAAUGUUGUUGAAAAAGUGAUCCGCCCAAGACAGAAUGUUGUCAAAGGUGGUCUUCCAAAUGAAAGGUAGUUAGCUUCAUGAAAAAUAUUGGGUUUGGUCAGGCCUCAUAAAUCAGACAGUUAUUGGUCAAAUAUUGGAGACUAGAGACAAACAAUUUUCACUUCUCUCGCUUGGAGAUGUGUGCUCCUAAUUGAUGUGUUCAUUGAUGGGGACAUUGUUACUGGCGGAUCGUGU